UGCUCAAUGACCCCACCGCUUUCAAGAAGUGCCAUCGUCGUAUCUCACUCUCAAUCUCAGCCUCGUAAAUUCACAUCUCAAUAAAUGAGGAUCACAGAAUGAGAGUUCAUGAGUCACUUUGAACCAACAAUGAUCAUCUGUAAAUUCUGUCAAGCUACGGUCCUUGAUUCCGGGAAGAGCUGGGACUAUCACCACCAGGACUCAGACUCAUUUGAGGGCUCACUUCACUCUCGGUGUGUCUUUUGUACGAGGCUGGCCGAAGGCCUCGGUGAGAUCAGCCCUUGGUUUGAUCAUGACCUCAAGGUCAAAUCUCUCUAUCGUUGGAACAUCCGGCAGGCUGCUCAGAUCCGUGAGACGAAGAGCCACGUCUCCAUCACAUUCCGACCUGUCCCGAGCCGCACUUGUGGGAAGCUGAAGAGCGAAAACCUACCAGAAGUCACGGUCUAUCUCUUCCCCGAAGAAGACCUAGGCGACAUCCCCGAACACCACGACCUCGGAAAUCGAACAGACUCGGAAGCAUCCAAAGCCCAAAUGGGAACCUGGAUGCAAGACUGUGUCACCAACCACCCAAAAUGCAUCCGAAGCCACAGCAUUAGAUCCUUCAUCCCAACCCGCGUCCUCGACGUCGGUCCCCCAAACACCAACACCAACCACGCGACGGAAACCCCACCCUCUCACAUCCGCGUAAUCGACACCACAAAAGAACCCAUCACCGGCCCUUACAUGACGCUCUCCCACUGCUGGGGUACCGGUAGCUUCAUCCGCCUAACUGAGACCAACGUCAACGAAUAUACCAUCAAUGGCAUCCCCUGGACAGAACUCCAAGCCAGCAACGCCAACUUUGCUGACGCAGUGCGCGUCGUUCGCACGCUGGGAUUGCGGUAUAUCUGGAUCGAUUCGCUGUGUAUCAUCCAGGGCCAGGAGCAUUUGGAGGACUGGAGCCAUGAGGCGCCUCUUAUGCAUAAAGUCUACCGGAACUCGUGGUGUAACUUGGCGGCGGCGGACUCGAGGGAUCAUACGCGCGGGCUAUUCCGGGAGAGGGCGGCGGAGGUGGUGCCUGUGAGGUACGAGAGUGAGCAGCCUUCUGUGACGUUUGGUGAUAUGGUAUGGAGGAUUUUCCCGGCGGAUUUAUGGGAUCGGGAUUUGCUGGGGAGCCACCUUUACACUCGUGGCUGGGUGUUCCAAGCCCUCUCCGUACGAGGCACAGGCGAAGACUCGCUCGAAGAGUUCUGGAAGAGCGUCGUGGAGGCGUACACGAGCUGCAAUCUCACAUUUGCAAAGGAUAAACUUGCGGCGCUAUGGGGUAUCGCGAAGCUUUUGCGGGAUGCGCUGGGCGAGGAGUACGCUGCGGGUUUGUGGGGUAUCAAUCUCGCUGAGCAACUUGCUUGGAGGGUCUUUGAUCGUACUCAAUCAAAACUUUACGGUGAGGAUGAGAAGGUCGUGGUCCCUGGUGGUAAGGCGGUUGGGAAUCCAAGCUGGUCGUGGACUUCAUUGAAGGGGAGGAUCGAGGUUGCGCCGAGGGUGCCGAGGCUGGAUAGAUUCUACACUGCGUGUGAUCAUGGGGGUGGGAACGCAAAAUUUCAGGUCAAGAAGCCGCUUUUUGGGCGAUUUGAGGGGGAGCAUUCGACUGUGUGGCGGGAUGAGGUUGUUAACAUGACGAGGAAGCUGAACCGGGCUUCGGAGAGGGUGUCGGAGAAGGCUCGGAUGAAUGUUACUACGAUUACUCCUAUCGUUGAGGAUAUCGCAGAGGAAGAAGUCGAAAAGGACGGGACGCCAAAGACGGCACCGCAAGGCGCAGUCACGCAGGCGGAAACGAAGAGGGAAUUCGCCAUGGACAAGCCCUCAGAGCUCCUCUCUACAUCUCUCCGCCUCCAAGCCCACAUUUGCCGCGGCUCGCUCGAGGCAUCUGGAGACGGCAACUGGACUUUCACCUUCCCGGGCCUAAACCAGAGUGACGCGCUCAUCGAAGCUUAUCCCGAUGUCCAGCCUCAGCAGGACAGCGCUGCAUGCGAGAUGCUCUUGCUUGCUGCGACUAAGGAGAUGAAGGAUAGGUGGGGCUGGCCGGUGUUUGAUAAUGGGUACCUUGAAGACGAGGAUAUUGCUGACGUGCGUUAUUCCGGGACGGGAAUUCUUGUAGAGAGAGUUGGUGAGGGGCGGUAUAAGAGGAUUGGUGCAGUUGUGUUUCGGCAGGUGAAGAGGGAGAGUUGGGCUUGUUUUCGGCGGGCUUGUGGGAAUGGUGAUGAGAUGUUGGAGGAUGAGCUUCAGGUUGAGGACGGGGAGAAGAUUUGGCUUGACUGA